AUGGUUCGCGUCAAAUAUUUUGGACUUGUACCGGAUGCUGGCAUCCGAAAAGACAUUCGCAGACUCGAUCGCGAACAAAUGGAACUUGAAGGCAAGUCCCCUCCAAGCAACGCAAGCGCAAGCACACUGUCUUUAACAUCUCGCGAAAUCGCACGCAGCCACCCCGCAGGUCGAGGAAGCCCUGAAGAGAAAGCCGAGCAGAUCAUCGAAAAUCUCCUUCCCAGAGAAGUCACUUGGUACCGUGGAAGUUUGGUGAGCGGUAGGCUUGACUUUCAACUCCCAGCGGGUAUCCUGYACAUUGUCAUCCCUGCUGACGGCAUUUUUCUCGAGCAUCAUCUGCAUCCUCCAAACGGAGAUGGUGCAGUACGUUCCCAGGCUGUCGCUGGUGUCGAAACUGAUCCAGUAAUGCAAGCCGUCGAGGUCUUGGAGCUGGUGGGCUGCUACAUCAACUCAAUGUACACAGUGGCCAAGGCAAAGCUCGCACAACGCAUCAAGGAAAACCUAGCCCCCCCACACUCUACCCACCUCUCGGAUAUGCUUCGACGCCACCCUCGGGACAUCUGCAACUAUGCCAACGUCGCUCGCUUCGGUUGGCACUUCCUCCGCGCAGAGUCCAUCCUCGACUUGCAGCUGGAAUCCCGCUUCAUCACCCGUAUCAAGGAAAUGCGAGACGAACUCAACAAACUCCCCACCUCCGAGUUCAUCGACAGCGUCCCUGAAGCAGCCCGCUCCAAAAGCCGAGCUCAGAUGACCGACUACCUUCUCGAACCUCAAUACACCUUUCACGGCCCCAAAGCCGAGAACGUCGGAAGCAUCGCACAAGUCGGUCUUUUAGCAGCAGGCGACAUCAACCCUCUCACCGGCGAACGUAUCCCAGGACGUGUAGGAUCCACUUUCGGACCCGGCGUCUACGUAACGGAAGAAGCCAACCUAGCUCUCACCUACGCCGAAUGGGACCGCGCCUCUCUCACCWCCAUCAACGCCAUCGAGCGUCUCCCAGGAGUCAACCGCAAACGCAUGAUCAUCUGUGCCACGGUUCUCGGUCGUGCAGCUCUCAUCACUCUCCCCGACAAUUACCGGAAUAAAGAUCAUCUUUACCCCGGUGCUCACAGUCACGUUGCCAAUGGUGGGCAGGAAUAUAUCGUUCCUCCCACUCAGGUCUUGCCGCUUUAUGCGGCGGAUUUCGAUUGGAUUCCUAGUUGUGAGGAGCAUAAGAGGAAUUAUGUCGAGUAUGCUAGGGGUAUGGUUGCGCCGCCCAGGGACGAUGUGGAGACUAUGGGGAGGUGGUUUCAGUUUGGGAAGGGGGUGAGGCGGUAA